UUGUCUCAAAUGCGUCAAUUAUAAGCGACAGCUAGUCACAAGCGUGGGAACACGUGGUUGGUGUUGCUGAAGGUGUUGCUGUCGCAGUUAGUUGUGUGUUUUAAAAUUUUUAGAGGGGAUAUAGUGUGUAUCCAAUGGUUUUCAAUUAUUGAGGUCCAUAUCCAGCCUGCUGUGUGCCAUUACCGCUGAUAGGCACCUGGGUACUGAGGAAAUAUCUGGUGUUUUUGCAGCAAGCUGUCGCCCAUUUUUUGCUUCCGAUCACAUUCAGGAUUUUGUGCCGACAUUUUGUUGCUUUAUACUGAAGGCACCCAUCAGAAUCCUGGUGAAACUUUUAUUGCAGAGUUGAAUGAACCAGCAAAAUGACUGAAGGUGUUGUCAAAGACAAGUCACAGACGUUCUUGAAGUUACGACUUGAGUCAAGACAUGAUGCUUUUUUGACUGAACCAUGUGUUCAAGUUACAAGUGAUGGUGAGAACAUACUUUGUCAGUGUGGUGACAAAGUGAAUGUUUUGAGUUGUGCCUCAGGAAAGGUACUGCAUGCCUUGGAGGCCAAAGAUGAUCCCAUUUAUGCCAUGAAGCUCAGUCCCAAGGAUGAUUUAUUGGUCACAAGUCACACCUCUGGUCUGCUUAGGUUGUGGGACUGGAAAAAGAAUGAGACUCAACGAGUGUGGAAGUCACUUCACAUUGGUCCCAUUCCCAAACUGGGGUUUGACAAUACAGCAACUCUGGUGGCAAGUGGAGGAGUGGAUGGAACUGUCAAGGUGUGGGACAUAGUAAGACAGUACUGUACUCACAACCUGAAGGGCUCAGUGGGUGUCAUAAGCACUAUUGAGUUUUACCAGAAGGAAAAAGAGCUGUUCAUUUAUGCAUCAGGAGAUGAUUCUGUGAUUCGCUGCUGGAAUCUUUCCACCUCUGAAGUCACUCAGGAACUGAAGGGUCAUUUCAGCAAAGUGACCAGCCUGAGCAUAUGCAGAGCCACCCAGCAGCUGAUGAGUAGUGGUCGUGACAAGGUGCUGAUGUUGUGGGACCUCAGAGAUGGAUCACUUGUCAGAACUGUGGCAACUCAUGAGGUCAUGGAAGUAGCAGUUCUGGUCCCUCCCGGUGGUUCAGUGGCAGGGAUUGAGUGUGGUGGUACCACUCAUGCCAUCACAGCUGGAGAGCGAGGAGUUCUGAGAGUCUGGAACCUGUCAACAUCUGAGUGUGUCUUUACACAAGGAGAACAUUCCAGCUCUUCAAUGAUCUGCCAGCUGCUAUUUUCUGAAAAGAACAGUACAAUGACAGUUGUGAACCAUGAGCAUAACAUUCUCAUGUAUGACAUUCAGACAGCAGAACUGAAAAGACAAUAUGUUGGCUUCAGUGAUGAAAUCCUGGAUGUUGUUUUCUGUGGUGAAAAAGAAUCCAAUGUUGCUGUGGCAACAAACAGUUCGGUCAUCAAGGUCUAUGAAGUUGACACAUUCAAUUGUCAGCUCGUCAAUGGGCACACAAACACGGUACUCUCACUUGCAGUGUCUCCAGUGAACAAGAAUCUCUUCGCAUCCAGCUCGAAGGACAACACAAUCCGUCUCUGGCGCCUCACCGAUGCACAGAAGAUCGUGUGUCUGGCUGUCGGCUCGGGCCACACCGCCUCGGUGACGUCGGUUGCCUGGAGUCAGCUGACUACCAGCUUCGUUGUGUCUGGUGCUGAGGACAAAUGUGUGAAGGUGUGGGACAUCCCAGCUUCAGCAGUUGCUGCCAAGAAGAACGAGUCUGCGGCUGCGCCGGCCGCUCUACACUGUCGCCGCACCGAGAUCGCGCAUGACAAGGACAUCAACUCGGUCGCUGUGUCGCCCAACGAUCGUCUUCUGGCCACGGCUAGCCAAGACAAGACUGCGCGGCUGUACGCCACCGAGGGCCUGGCGCUGACAGGGGUGAUGCGCGGCCACCGGCGGGGCGUCUGGUCCGUGACCUUCUCACCGGUGGACCAGAUCGCCGCCACGUGCUCGGCCGACUGCACGGUGCGGCUCUGGUCCAUCACGGACGCCAGCUGUGUCAAAACGUUCGAGGGCCAUGACUCCUCUGUGCUGCGUGUGGCGUUCCUCUGCCGUGGCAUGCAGCUCCUGACCUGCUCGGCUGACGGACUCCUCAAACUGUGGAGUGUGAAGACCAACGAGUGCGUGCAGACGUACAGCGAGCACGAGGCCAAAGUGUGGGCGCUGGCGGUGCGCGCUGAUCAGAGGCUGUUUGUGUCCGGAGGAGCCGACUCUUCCCUGCUGGUCUGGAGGGAUGUCUCGGAAGAGGAGGCGCGCGUAGACGCCGAGGCUACCGCGCUGCGCGUCUCACAAGAGCAGGCCCUCAGCAACCUGGUCCAGCAGCGCCAGUGGCUGCGAGCCCUGAAGCUGGCUAUCAAGCUGAAGCGGCCGUUCCGGUGUCUUCAGAUCCUGAAGGAGCUGCGUCGUGAUGGCGGCAACGAGACCAGUCAGCUGAGCGAUAUCCUGACUCAGCUGCGCGACGAUCAGGUGGAAGAUCUGCUGCAGUUUGUCGUCGAGUGGAACACCAACAGCAAGCACUGCCACGAGGCGCAGUUGGUGCUGAACCUGUUGCUGCGCCUCCGGCCGCCCGAGGCCUGGCUGAAGAUGUCCAACUGCCGCACCCUGAUCGAAGGACUGCUGCCGUACACAGAGAGACACUUCGAGCGGAUGAACCGUAUGCUUCAGAGCAUCAGUUUCAUCGACUACACCGCCAGCUGCCUGAAGAUCACGUCCCGUCAAGCGCCCGGACCGGCAGCUCUGACCGAGUACCCGGAUGAGGACCUCUUCACAGACGCCAAACCGGUGUUGCGCCCAGCAUUUGCCGCCCAACAAACGGCGAAUGCUGAGGAUGAUACGAAAGCUGAGGAAGAUGCAGAAGAAAAGGAUGCGGAGAAAAAUGAGAGUGAUCCCGGUGACGAUGCUCAUCUUAAGGAUGGUGCUGCUGCAGCAGUGGAAAUGCGCAAUAGCAGCGCAUCAGAGGACAGUGGACUGGAAACAGAGGAGCCUACGAAAUCGGCGAAGGCUGUGAAGCCUAAGAAAAGAGUGCUAAAGAGGGGUGGUAAGAAGGCAGCAGUUGGGGGAAAGAGUAAACGGCGGAAGGUGUGACUGUCGCUGUGGUGACUUGUUUUUUGCUUGGUCCUUUGUUGCGUGCUCUGUGACGCCGUUUUUCACCGAGCAUGUAUGUGACUUUUGUUUGACGGGAAAUGCAAUUAGUGGUAAAAUGUGAGAUGGGAUUGAUAGGAGACAUCGAGGUGUUAAUAACAAUAAGGAUCGAUCACUAGUGUGCAUUAUCAUGCUUGCUGCCGCUGCUCCCAAUGUCAAAUAAAUGCAACAGAUGGGAAUACGUUCUGUCUGUUAUUUCAACA